AUGGGACUAACCCAAUCGGAAACGAGUUUGCUCUCCAUUUCCUUCUUCCUCAACACACAAAAACCCUGCAAACUAAAACCCUAUUCUCCAUUUCUACCUCUAACCAUGUCCAUGGGUCCCCAUACAGUUAAUGGCAUCCGAAGAACGAGAACUUUUCAUUACUUCUGGUGCCAAACUUGCAGACGAACCUUAAGGUUCACCUCAAUAAACCCACAUGAAAACUUCUGUCCUUAUUGCUUUGAUGUGCUGAAUCAUGAGCUUGACAUAUCAAGGCCUAGGCAUGUCCAUGACCUGACCGAACCCUAUCAGGGUUCUCGGUUGUUGGACUCGUUAGCACUAAUGCUUCAUCCUUCAAUAAGGCGGAGAUAUCCUGAAUUUAAUAGAAGAAUUCGUUGGGAAUCUGAAGGUGCCAAUGCACCUUGGAUUACCCUUCAGUUUCUUGAUCCUCCUCUCUCACAAAGACUACCCAUGACUGCACCACCACAUACGGUGGUUCCCGGCGAUUUUGAGGUUGGAAGAAAUGAUAAUUUUGAUGAUGCAGCUGCCGUGUUUGCUCAGGAUAUGGCUGAUAUUGACAGACCAGGGCCGCCUCCUGCGCCAGAUUCAGCUAUUGAGAUACUGCCAAUAGUGAUGAUAACACAGGAGCAUUUGAUAAAGGACACGCAUUGUCCUGUGUGUAAGGAUGAAUUUGAGGUUGGUGCGGAGGUGAGGGAGCUUCCCUGCAAGCAUUUAUACCAUUCUGAUUGCAUUAUUCCAUGGUUGAACAUGCACAAUUCCUGCCCAGUUUGCCGGAGCGCUGUGCAUGAUGGUUUUGAGGAUCAUCUCCAGCAAGAAAAUGGUCAGUCUUUUGGCCUUGAAGACGUAGUAAAUAGCAUGAAUUGGCUGAGGAAUCAGUUCCUUUCUCUAUGGCCUGUACGUGCAUUUUCAGAUUGGACCCAGAGAUAUCUUGAUUUCUUGGAUGACAGGGUUUCAUCUUCUAGGGGAGCUAGUUCCCGGUGGCGUUCUUUGUUUUUUUUAUGACUCGGCAUCUCAAUCAUUCUUCAAGCUGGAAGCUUUACAUUUUAGCCUUAUAAUUGAAUCAUUUCUUAGCUAGGCAGGUAUAUCUAAUUUAUUCUAAAAUUUUCAAGAGUGCAAAGCUGAAAAGAUAUUGAAGCUUAACAGGUAUGCUUUCCAUUUACUUCUCUUGUGUGAUUGAUGUCCUUAAAAUGCAUUAGCUUUAAGACAUAAUCCAACUGUUAUUUGUCACUUAGCAGGUGCUAAAAUGACUAAAUUGAAAAGGAAAAGAAAAUGACCAGUAUUGGUUUCUGCAGCUUUCAGGAUUCACUUCUCUGGAAUGUACAUAUAUAGAUGAAACAUGAUAAUAAUUAAUAAACAUUGGGGUUGUGAAGAAAAUGUAUACUGAUCCUCAACUAGUCCAUGAAAAUUUAGUAAUUUCUUGAGAACUUGGUACUUUGGAGUCAGUCCUACACAAGACAAAUUUAGUUCAAUACUAGCAUAGAACAAAACGAGAAGAUUGUUCCUCCACAAUCUAUUGUCUCAAGUCUACCAAACCUGAAACCCCAUUGCGACCACCUGAGCUAAGCCUAAAUGGUCUCAAAUGUUACGUAACAAUAUUUUCAUUCUGCAAUUAUUUUUUACAGAGCUCUUCAGGGAGAAGGAAGCAUUGAACUUGAACUGUUCCAGAAGACUUCUGCAUGGAGAAGGAAGCAUUGUACUAUUAGAGUCUUGAUAUAAUGAAGGCUACUACAGAUUUCAGAAAUGCAUUCUGAUUUGGAGAAGAUGAUUUGAUUUAUAUUUAAAUACAAUUCUGCAGACAUUGUAAUAAUCCAAGAAUUAUAAAUUCUAUGUUAUACAAUCCAUACAAUCCAAUAUUUGAUUAGAGGAAUACUAAAUAAAAAGCCAUCUGGCUCUUUCUUUUCAUCUAUAACUUUUCCAGUAGUAUUCAAACCUUAAAUUUGCAGCAGCAAUUUUUCUUUUUC